AUGUUCCUGGCCGUCCUCUACUGGCUCAUAAACGAUAUCCUCUAUCGCAUCGCCGCCAAGAAAGCCGGCUGCUCAAUUCCCAUAAAAUACUUCCACUGGGACCCCUUCCUUGCUCUAGACCUAUUCUACCAACGUCUCUCAGACAUGAGAGCCGGCGAUUCUGUUGCCACAGAUCGCAACCUCCUCAAGAAAUACGGGAAAACCGUGCAAACUAAUGCUUGGGGAAUCAAACAAUACGUUAUUUCGGACCCGGUGAAUAUCCAGACAAUUCUAGCGACGCAAGUCGAUAAAUUCGGCAACGAGCCGAUGAAUAGAAAGAUGUGUGGCGACUUUCUAGGGGACGGCGUCAUGACGGUCGAUGGCCAUCUGUGGAAGAAAUCGAGGCAGAUGAUUAAUCCCGUUUUUGCGCGUGCGCAAGUCUCCGAGCUUUCGAGUUUCGAGAAGCAAUUGAGCAGAAUGAUGGAAAAAAUUCCUAAAGAUGGAGGAACUAUUGAUAUGCAACCUCUGUGCAAACAACUCUUUUUGGAUAGCUCUACCGAAUUCGUGUUUGGAAAAUCGGCGAAUUCUUUGUCACCGGAGACGGAUAGUCCGAUUGCAAGACGCUUGCCUGGGAUCUUCGACGAGGCUCUGGUUAGUAUGUUCACAAGGUACAUGAUGGGAAAGUUCAGUUUCAUGGCUGGGUCGAAAAAGAAGUUCUUGGCUCAAUGCAAGGAAGUCCACGACAUUAUUGAUGGAUUUAUUGACGAAGAGAUCGAGCUACAAAAGUUUGGGACUAACAUAGACUCUGCGGGCCCCUAUAGUUAUGUUCUAUUGAAGGAAAUGGUGAGAACGACAGACGAUCGACGUGCUAUCCGAAACGAGCUCAUGAAUGUCUUUUUCCCAGCUCAUGAUUCAUCAGCGAUUUUCCUCAGCAACAUAAUCUUCUUGCUUGCUAGAUACCCAAAUAAGUGGGACAAACUUCGAGCAGAAGUUCUUGGCAUCGGAAAGCAGAAGUUGACUUUCGAGCUCCUGAAGUCGAUGAAGUAUAUGCAAGCAGUAAUGAAUGAAACCUUGCGAUUGCACUCUCCAGCAGGCGGAAGUUGGAAAACGUGCCUAGCACCCUGUAUCCUCCCUCAUGGUGGCGGCGCCUCAGGCAAAGAACCAAUCCUCCUCCAAGCUGGCGACCAAGUUCGCAUGUCAUUCGCACCCCUACACGUCGAUCCCGAUAUCUGGGGCAAAGACGCUGAAGAAUUCAAGCCGGAGCGCUGGGAGAAUCUCAAACAAAGCUGGAAUUACAUCCCCUUCAUGGGAGGACGACGAAUUUGCCCUGCUCAGCAAAACGUACUCACUGAUGUGGCGUGCAUCAUGGUUAGGCUUAUGCAGCGAUUCAAGGGUUUGGAAAAUCGAAACGAGUGUUAUGAAUAUGUUGAUAGGAUUGCUUUCACGAGGGAGAGUAGGAAUGACGUCAAGGUUGGCUUU